GCUGACGUGCUGACGCCAUUCAAUAUGGCGGCAGUAGAUAACGUCGCGACGUCGUCAUAAAUACAUUGUCUUUCAAAUUAUUUGUAGUGCGUCACUAAAUUUAUUUUGUUUUGUGCUUAUUUCCUCAAAUUCAGUUAAUUCCCGCUGUUUAUAAUGAGUUCUGCUGCAUCUACCCCUUUGUUCGCUUGUUCUCGCUGUUUCUCGAGACAUCCUUUCGAAGAACUGUCUCCAGGAGAACAGCUCUGCAAGGAAUGUCGCGGAUCUUUUCCUGUCGUCAAGUGUACGUAUUGCCGGUCGGAGUUUCAACAAACAAGCAAAUCAAACACUUCUUCAAUAUGCAAGAAAUGUGAAGCUAAUGUCAAGGCCUAUGGGAAACCCUCAGCAUGUGAAUACUGCAACACCAUUGCUGCCUUCAUUGGUAAUAAAUGUCAGCGGUGUGCAAACUCCGAACGCAAGUAUGGCCCAGCAGUCACUUGUGAGCAAUGCAAGCAACGCUGCGCCUUUGACCGCCAUGAUGAUAGCAAAAAGGUUGAUGGCAAGCUGUUGUGUUGGCUGUGCACCCAGUCUCUCAAGCGGGCACUGGCGCGGACCAAACAGCAUAUCUCUUCUGUGGACAAGCACAAGCAUAGGGGACACAAAUCAAAAAGCAGCCACAAGGAGAAACGUAAAUCAGACAUGAUGAAAUCGAUCAACACCUCCGACUCGUCGCUGAACGACUCGCAACCGCUGGAGAAGAAGUCCAAGAUGAACCCCAUGCAAGGUAACCGAGGUGAAGUGGACCCGAACAGUUCCGACCACGUAGUGGCCAUGACGCAGCUCAAAGAAACGAUCGCCAGCUUGCAGAAGAAAGUCCAGCAGAAGGAUAACGAGCUACUGGCUAAGGAUAAACUGAUAACCGAGCUAAAGGCGCAGCACCACAACAAUACAACCGACAUCCGAAAUGAGAUGAAAAACAAGGAGCGCCUCAACGAGACCAAGUUCAACCUCAUGAACACCAAGAUCCAGAACCUGCUGAAGGAGGUGGCCACCCUCAGCAAGUCCGCCAAGAAGAACAACAAGAACGCCAAGACCGCGCUCAACACCGAGAACAGCGGCAGCGGCACGGACAGCCCCAGCACCAAUUAGGACAAUUCCCAAUUAUUGGGACCUAUUCUAAAUUUGUUGCAGGUAAAUAUUCAAAUCAGUUUCUAAUCAAUGUCAAAGAGAAUUAAGGAGACCAAGACUCUCACUCCAUACAACGGUUUUGUUACUUUUGUAGUCUACAUCUAGCGUCAAGUUCCAGAACUCUCGGUACUGCUACUCGACCAUAGAUGUCGUGGUAAACAAAAAGUCUAAUGCUCAAAGAUUUUCAGCUAAUAUUAUAACCAAAGUAAGCGUAGGAGUUAAAAAUUGCGUUCUGGUUACUCUAGUUACAAUAUUAGCGGAAAUUCGUUGAGCAUAAGACUUUGUUCGCCGCGACAUCUAUUGUCGAGUAGCAGUACUGAGAGUUCCGCUACUUGACGCUAGAUGUAGACUACGAAAAUAAUAGUAUUUUUGGUAACAAAACCGUUGUAUGGAGUGAGCACUCUUGGUCUUCAUAAUUCUCUUUGUCAAUGUUAAAGUUACGCUAAGCAGGAAGAAUUUCGUACAUUGCUCUAUCGCAAGCGUAUAAUUAUAUUGCCGUCCUGCCUACGUGCCACUGCGUGCGAGACAGCAAUAUAUUUAUGCGCGUGCGAUAGAGACAGGAAAUGUCGUUUCAACGUACGAAAUUAUUCGCGCUUAGCGUCCUUAAUAUAAUCUUUACAGUACAUAUGGGGCUAC